AUGUCAGACCUCAUACGAGACGCGCCCAUUGGGCAGCUCAUUCGAUGGGUGACCAAGAACCGAGUCCUCCUCUACCCAGAAGAAAAGCCCGACUUCCAAUGCCCAACCUGCUACAUCGACCCCGAAGCCGCAGCCAAAGCACAACACUCCCAACUAACCUCCCACGCCAACACGAACUCCUCUCUACCCGAGAAAGAAGACCCGGAAAAAGACGACCCCAUCGACGCCGAAAAGGCCCACCAAGAAGCCGCCGAAGACGACGCCGCAACAGAGCAGCCACACGUCCUAGGCGUCGACCGACCAACCCUCCAAUCCCUGCCCACCGCCCGCUCCGACCUCGAGCGCAACAUCACCAACAAAUCCUCCCUCGCCGAACUCACCAGCACCAAAUCCCGCAUCUCGCGCAUCGGCACCCGCGCCACCCUCCAACAAUCCAAAACCCGCGAGGAGCUCGAAGAAGCCUUCGCAGCCUCCGCUCUCGCCAAGGAGCCCACCCGCCCGAUCAUCCCGCAGCGCACGAGCGAGGGCUACAUCCUCGUCGACUGGUACACCGAGGGCGACCCGGAGAACCCGCAGAACUGGAGCGCGGGCAAGAAGUUCCUCGCCAGUUUGAUGAUCUACCUGUACACGACGGCGGUGUACAUGGGCUCGUCGAUCAUCACGGCCGGCGCGGAGGGCAUCAUGAGGGAGUUUCAUGUGGGUCCCACGCCGGUUAGUCUGGACCUGGCGCUGUAUACGCUGGCCUAUGGAUUGGGACCUCUCCUCUUCAGUCCGCUGUCUGAGAUUCCGAGUAUUGGGCGGAACCCGCCUUAUAUGAUCACCAUGGCCAUCUUCGUCAUCCUCUGUGUGCCGACGGCGUUGGUGGAGAACUUCGCUGGCUUGCUCGUUCUGAGGUUCCUUCAGGGCUUCUUUGGAUCGCCUUGUUUGGCGACAGGAGGCGCAAGUUUAACAGACAUCUAUUCCCUCAUAAAGCUGCCCUACGUUCUGUGCAUCUGGGCUUUUGCCGCGACAUGCGGUCCUGCCCUCGGCCCCGUCAUAUCAGGCUUCUCCGUUUCCGCCGAGAAUUGGCGCUGGGCAAUCUGGGAAAUGCUCUGGCUCUCCGGCCCCAUCUUCCUCGCCAUGCUAAUCUUCCUCCCCGAAACCCUCCCCGCGAACCUCCUCCUCCGCCGCGCCCAACGCCUCCGAAAACUUACCGGCGACACGCGCCUCAAAUCGCAAUCCGAAAUCGACCAAGCGAACCUCAACCCGCGCGAGGUCGCCUUCGAAGCCCUCGUCCGCCCGAUCCAGCUCAUGAUCAUGGACCCGGCCAUCGGCUUCACAGCCUUGUAUGUCGCGCUGUGCUACGGCAUCUACUACUCCUUCUUCGAGGCCUUCCCCUUAGUCUACAUCGAGAUGUACCACUUCAAUCUGGGCCAGCUGGGCCUCACCUUCCUCUCCAUCACCGUCGGCGUGCUGAUCGCCAUCGCGGCGUUCUGGGCUUACCUCUGGUUCUACCUCGAGCCCAAGAUCCGGCGCGUCGGACUCGGCGAGCCUGAGGAACGCCUCAUUCCCGCGAUAUUCGCGUCCUUCCUGUGUCCCAUCGGCUUGUUCAUCUUCGGCUGGACGAGUAAUCCGGAUAUCUACUGGAUUGUGUCCGUCAUUGGGAUUAUGAUUUUCACCAUUGGGAUUUUUAUCAUCAUGCAGUGUAUUUUCGUUUACUUGCCUUUCGUCUACCCACAAUACUCCGCCUCCCUCUUCGCCGGCAACGACUUCGCGCGCUCAACGCUCGCAUUCGCGGCGGUGCUCUUCUCCCGACCGAUGUACAUCAAUCUGAAUAUCGGGCCUGGGUGUAGCUUACUCGGUGGACUGACCGCCGGCUGUAUUGUGGGCGUGUUUGCGCUGUACUUUUUCGGGAAGAGCUUGAGGGCUAGGAGUCGGUUUUCUGCGAAGUAG